AUGCUCGCUAUUUUGGAUGAGGCUCUUGGCUGCUAUCCACCCGACGCCGUCUCUUCACCGCGUCUCGUGCCUCCAGGUGACCAUGAGAUUGCUGGAUGGUUGGUUUCAGGAGGCACACGCGUGGGGAUAUGGCAGUGGCCCAUGUAUCAUGACGAACGACUCUUUACUGAUCCUUUCUACUUCGACCCCGACCGCUUCUACAAUAAAGGAGACGAGAAAUCAAGGACAGAGGAACUGCAUUGGCAGGAGCCUGGCCUAUGCAGAGAUGAGGUUGAUACUCACGAGGUUGGUAUGGGAGUUCGAUAUGCGAAUUGA